AUGUCUUCGACGGUAGAAAAGAAUGAAUACCCCAAAGCAUCCAAUGCAUUGGUAAUCGGGGCAGUAUUGUCGUACGUCGCGGGUGUAUUUUUACUGAUGAGCUUUUGCUCACCCUAUUGGAUCGUAUCGUAUCCGGAGUCAUUCAGCAGUUUCAAAAACAUGGGCCUGUGGGAGUACUGCUUCCGUGACUUUACCUACCCGUACUACCAGUUUCCCAAGCAAUUCAACGGCUGCCAUCACAUUUUCAGCGAGGAGUACUACGUCAUCAGGGAGUACCUGCUGCCGGGAUGGUUGAUGGUGGUGCAAGGAUUUGUAACGAUUUCCUUUCUGUGCACAUUCACCUCGCUGAUUAUCAUGGCCUGUGAGAUUGUAAGAUGGCCACUAAAGUUUGUGUUGCGUUACGAGUGGAUGCUAAGCAGCAUUUCCUUUACCGGGAUAGCAUCAUCAUCCUUUUUCUUAUUCUUAGCUGUGGCCGUCUUUGGUGGAAAUGCAUACCGACGCGAUUGGCUGAUGUACCCGAAAUUCAAUGUGCUUUCGUGGUCAUAUGAGCUGGCCGUGGUUUCAUUCAUGAUUCAGGCGCUCGCUUCUUUACUGCUGUACAAGGAAUCCCGCAAAUCGUACGAAAUGCGUCGCGAGGCAAAGAAUUUGGUCAUGCAGAUGCAAAUGCACGAACCGGGAUAUCAUCCAUCGCACCAUACUAGCCGAAGUCUGCACAGUGGUGGUUAUAUCUAA